AGCUCUUGUCGUUGGCCAAGAGGAAACGCAGUGACUCUGAAGAAAAGGAGCCACCUGUGAGCAAACCUACAGCAUCCUCAGACUCUGAGACAUCCGACAGUGACGAUGAGUGGACUGUUGGAGGUUCUAAAAACAAAAAAAAGGGAAAAGCGGGUAAGGCAGAGAAGAAAGGAGCCAUGAAGAAGCAGAUGAACAAAGCUGCCUCUUCAGGCAGCUCAGAUAAAGACAGCUCGGCUGAGAGCUCAGCACCUGAAGAGGGAGAGGUCUCUGACUCGGAAAGCAACAGCUCCUCAUCUAGCUCAGAUUCAGAUUCUUCAUCUGAAGAUGAAGAAUUUCAUGAUGGCUAUGGAGAAGACCUGAUGGGAGAUGAAGAAGACCGAGCUCGACUGGAACAAAUGACAGAAAAGGAGAGAGAGCAGGAGCUGUUUAACCGGAUAGAGAAGAGAGAAGUGCUAAAGAGAAGGUUUGAAAUCAAGAAGAAAUUAAAAACAGCCAAAAAGAAAGAAAAGAAAGAGAAAAAGAAAAAGCAAGAGGAGGAGCAGGAGAAGAAAAAACUCACACAGAUCCAGGAAUCCCAGGUCAUGUCACAUAACAAAGAGCGGCGAUCAAAGCGGGAUGAGAAGCUAGACAAGAAAUCUCAGGCAAUGGAGGAGCUGAAAGCAGAAAGAGAGAAAAGGAGGAACAGAACAGCUGAAUUGCUCGCAAAAAAACAGCCAUUAAAAGCUAGUGAAGUAUACUCUGAUGAUGAAGAGGAGGAGGAGGAUGAUAAGUCUAGUGAGAAAAGUGAUCGCUCGUCCAGAUCCUCAUCCUCUGAUGAAGAAGAGGAGAAAGAAGAAAUUCCUCCAAAAUCCCAGCCAGUGUCCUUGCCUGAGGAACUGAACCGAGUACGGUUAUCGCGACACAAGCUGGAACGCUGGUGUCAUAUGCCUUUCUUUGCCAAGACAGUCACUGGCUGCUUUGUCCGUAUUGGCAUUGGAAAUCACAACAGCAAACCUGUUUAUCGGGUUGCUGAAAUAACUGGUGUGGUAGAGACUGCAAAGGUUUACCAGCUUGGUGGUACCCGGACGAACAAAGGACUGCAGUUGCGGCAUGGCAGCGAUUCGCGUGUGUUUCGUUUGGAGUUUGUCUCAAAUCAGGAGUUUACUGAAAGUGAAUUUAUGAAGUGGAAGGAAGCGAUGUUCUCUGCUGGGAUGCAGCUACCCACGUUAGAUGAGAUAAACAAGAAAGAAGUUUCCAUCAAAGAAGCCCUCAACUACAAGUUUAAUGACCAGGACAUUGAAGAGAUUGUGAAAGAGAAGGAAAGGUUCAGAAAAGCACCUCCGAAUUAUGCGAUGAAGAAAACGCAGCUCUUAAAGGAGAAAGCUAUGGCUGAGGACUUGGGGGACCAAGAUAAAGCCAAACAGAUUCAAGAUCAGCUUAAUGAACUUGAGGAGAGAGCAGAGGCCCUGGAUCGUCAACGAACAAAAAACAUUUCUGCCAUCAGUUACAUCAACCAGAGAAAUAGAGAGUGGAAUAUCGUCGAGUCUGAGAAGGCUCUUGUGGCUGAAAGUCACAGCAUGAAAAACCAACAGAUGGACCCCUUUACUAGGCGGCAGUGCAAGCCCACGAUAGUGUCUAAUUCUAGAGAUCCUGCUGUCCAAGCUGCCAUUCUUGCCCAGCUAAAUGCAAAAUACGGGUCUGGUGUAUUACCAGAUGCUCCAAAGGACAUGAGUAAGGGUCAAGGGAAGGACAAAGAUGUGAACUCUAAAUCAGCCAGUGACCUCUCAGAAGAUCUUUUCAAAGUGCAUGACUUUGAUGUAAAGAUUGAUCUUCAGGUUCCCAGUUCAGAAUCUAAGGCACUGGCCAUCACCUCCAAGGCUCCACCAGCAAAAGAUGGUGCCCCUCGGCGAUCACUGAACUUGGAGGACUACAAAAAGAGGCGGGGGCUUAUUUGAGCAUGCCCGCUCUGCUGCUUCUGAUCCUGCAUGCUCCAUGACGAUGUCCUACCUUUUCUUCCUCCCUUUUCAGUUCUCCCUUUUGGGUUGGAGCAGCAACAGAGCUGGGAAGAGACUCUUUAAAACUGCCAGUCAUCUGUAACAUAAACCAUUCAACUAUUUACUGUAUAGACCUCCCUUCUUGCCCUUUCUUCCUGCCCCCCUCACAAAUGUGGAUCUGUGCUAUUUGGGGUUUUCCCAUUUCUUUUAGUUUGAGUUUUUGUUUUUAUUUUGUUGAUGCAGCUCGUUGGUCCACUCUGUGUUCAGUAUUAGCCUGAGGUCUGGAUUUCCAUAGGAGUCUCUUGGUGGUUGCAGAAUCGGCACUUGGUGAUCUCCCCUUACCUGCCACCACAGGCACGGUGAAUAACCAUUGGCGCAAGACCUUUGUGGCUGGAAGGUCAUCUGCACUUUCUUCCUCUUCUUCUUCCUCCUUCAUCCUAGCUUUGGAGAAGGGAAUCUUCAAAAACUGGCUUAGGUUCAAAGUGUAAAUUUUUUUGGGAGGGUCGUGUGACUUUUUUUCAGGUGUUUUUUAUCAUUUUUAAGCUGCAGUACUAUUUGUAUCCGUCUGUCACAGUUCUUUACGGCUGUUUUGAAUUUCUACCAGCUGUACUUGAGCAUCUGAAAUUGCAAGAAAACAUUAAAUGUGAUUCUUCUUACUAAAA